AAGUAUGUGCACUAGAAGAAAACAAAAAAAGUUGAUUUCCAAAUUAAAAAUAAACGUAGAUCAAAUUAAUAAACAAUCAAAAUGACUUUAGAAACUGUUCCAAAAGACUUGAGAGGUCUGCGUGCUUGUUUAGUAUGCUCUUUAAUAAAAUCUUUCGAUCAGUUUGAGAAUGAAGGUUGCGAUAAUUGCGAUGAAUUCUUAAGAAUGAAGAAUAACCAUGAUAAUGUCUACGAUUGCACAAGCUCAAAUUUUGAUGGGAUGAUUUCUUUGAUGAUUCCAGAAGAUAGCUGGGUGGCUAAAUGGCAAAGAAUUAACCGUUUCUGUAGAGGUGUAUAUGCGAUAUCUGUAUCUGGCCGUUUGCCAAACAGUAUAGUUCGUGAAAUGAAGAGUCGUGGGAUAGUUUAUAAGAGCAGAGACACCAGUCAAAGAUAAUGUUAUAAUUCGAUUUAUGUGAUGUGUGAGAUAAUUUGAUUUGUGAGACAAUUUCAUUGAAAUUAAUUCCUUUUGUAAUUUCUUUUUGGCUUGUGUUACUAAUGCAAUAGUUCUCCGCUUUAUUGUAAUAUUAUAAAAUAUAAUUAUUGUGCUCAAAUUUCACACAAAAACAGCCACAACCAUUUCGCUUAGUUCAUCUAGAG